UUCAAGCUGUUCUUUUGUUGGAAAAAUUAAUUUUUCGGUUUAUUUGAAUUAGUCAUUUAAUUUGAUUUUUUCUCAUUCAAUUGUGUCUGAUUUUUUCUUAUUACUCUAUUAUUAAUUAGUUAAUUAGUUGAUUCUUUUCUUCAAACUGAACAUGUUUGACUUUGCAAGGGAAACUUUUCUCAAUUUACGUGACAAUUAUUGGAAUCCACCAACACUUUUUUGGGCAAUUUUCAUCUUCUCAUGGAUCGUUUUUAUUUGGGAUACUUACAUUGGAUGGCGUCAGUUUCGUAUUGUAUUGCGAACAACCAAAAUGCCUGUGGAAUUAUCUGGAAUCAUGGAUAGAGAAACAUUUAACAACGCUAGAGCUUAUAGUAUUGAUAGAACCAAAUUUACUCUAUAUUAUCAUGCAUGGAGUCAAUCGUUUUCAUCGAUUAUUUUACUCUAUGAUCUGAUGCCACUUUUAUGGAAUUUUUCACUGACACUUAUGGAACCUUUUGGUUUUGACAAAUCUUAUGAAAUCACACGAACAUUGGUGUUUGUAAAUGUUGGAGCUUGUGUCUCAAAAAUUAUCGAUCUUCCCUGGUCCUAUUAUUCAAACUUUGUUAUCCAAGAGAAACACGGUUUUAACCGGCAAACCAAACCUUUUUACGCUAAAGAUCAGGCCAAAAAGUUUAUCGUCUCUCAAGCGAUCACAAGUCUCAUUUUACCAGCUAUUAUUUGGAUUAUACAAAAGGGUGAUGAUUAUUUCUUCCUUUACCUAUGGGGAUUCUGUUCACUUAUCGUACUCCUUAUGAUGACUGUUUAUCCCGAUUUUAUUGCUCCUCUUUUCGACAAGUAUAUUCCUCUACCAGAAGGAUCACUUCGAGAAAAGAUCAACGUUAUGGCACAAAGUCUUAAAUUCCCGUUAACCCAAGUUUACAUUGUCGAAGGAUCUAAACGUUCAUCUCAUAGUAACGCUUAUUUAUAUGGUUUCUAUAAGAAUAAGAGAAUUGUUCUUUUCGAUACUCUCAUGGAAAAUCCUCCUAAAAUGAGUGAAUCAACCGAAGAGUUAACAAACGAGGAUAAGGAAAAUAUACCAGAAGAUGGACCAUCAAAUCAAGAACCAGCUAAAGUUUCAGCAACUGAAACUUUAAGUGAAGGAAACGGCGAUUCACCAGCUGACAUUUCACCUGAUGAAGAUGAAGGAAAAGAUAUAAAAGAAAAGAAGAAAAAAGGUUGCAAUGAUGACGAGAUUUUAGCUGUUCUUGGUCAUGAACUUGGUCAUUGGAAACUUAACCAUGUUUUCAUUAAUUUAAUUAUCGCCGAAGUCCAAAUGUUAUUAACUUUCAUGAUUUUCGGUUUCCUUUACAAAGAUCCAGUAAUUUAUCGGGCUUUUGGCUUCAAUGAUCAACCAAUUCUAAUUGGACUCUUAGUGAUAACUCAAUACAUUUUUGCUCCUUACAAUGAGAUUGUUGGAUUUUUGAUGACUUGUCUUACUCGACGUAAUGAAUUUGGAGCUGAUAAUUUCGCAAAGAAAAUGAACCGAGCAUCUGAUCUAAGAAGUGCCCUAAUCAAGUUAGGAAACGAUAAUCUUGAAUUCCCUGUAUACGAUUGGCUUUAUUCAGCGACCAAUCUCUCUCAUCCACCUCUUCUUGAGAGACUUAAAGCACUUGGUAAAAUCGAUUGACUAAAUGUUUGAGAAAAAGAAAGACAAACAAAAAGACCAUGAAAGAAACAAAAGUAUUCAAAAUAACAAGAAAAAGACUAUUUCCUUUUCCUCUACAAUUGCGAUACUUUUAUAUAAAACAAUUUUCAAUUCAACACUCACACAUUACACACAAAAGGAAUAUGGAUUAAUGUCUCUCUUUCUCUCUCUGUCACCUCUCAUUAACCGAGAAGUUAAUCAACUUCCAGUUCAAAAUUCAUCACAACAAACAUACUUACAAUUUUAUCGCUUUUUUAUUCAUCAAAUCGCACUCUAAACAAGAAGACAAUGAAGAAGAAAAAAAAAGGAGAAAAGAAAACAACUACAUAAACAAAAAUUCCAAUUAAAACAAAAGAGCUUCAAUUUCUCAAGCCUUGGAACAAGCGGAAAAAAAUGGUCCACCCAACAAUUAACUUGAUUGAGUUUAAAUCAAAUCUUUGAAAAGGAAAGUGAUGAAAAAAAAAACGAUUCUCUUACAACAAUUAUAACUAAAUUUGUAUUGAUACCAAAAUAAAUCAAUUAAAAGUAAAUAAUCAACAUCAAAUUAAAA